CGAUCGCGCCCUCUCCGCGCCGGGGACGCGGCGGUCGCGCUCCCGCCCGAGCUCCGGGGAGACGGAGACCGGGAGGUUCCGCCGCGGCGCCCCGGCCCUGCGCCCGCAGCAUGCCCGCCGCGGAGCCCAGCGCCGCCCUCCUCCCGGAGCUCGCGGAGGUGACGACGCUGCCGGCCGCGGGGCCGCGGCUGCGAGGAUAGCGGGGCCGGAGUGAGGCAAGCGAGGCGCCGCGAGGCGGGCGGAGCCGGAGGCGCAGCAGGCGGAGGAGCAGGCAUCCUCCGCGGCGCGGCGGCGGGCGGCGGCCCCGCGGGCCCCCGGAGCGCCGCGCCCAUGGCCCGGGAGGACGGAGCAUGCAAGCCGCACCCCGCGCCGGCCGAGGCCCCCCUCCACGCCGCGUGCUGGGCGCCCCCCAGAGCUGCUCGCGACGCCGCCGCCCCCCAGCUGCGGGCGCCUGGCCGCUGGCUGCGCUAGGACCCACAGCUCCCCGCCGCCCAGGGGUGGGGGGCCCGGGAGCCGCGGGAACGAGAGGGCCGGGGAGACGGGCGCCGGCCGGUUCACAGCCCGGCAUGCAGCUGCGGGCCCUCGCGCCCGCGUGAGGGUGUCGGGCCCGGGUCCCGCCAUGGCCGGGAAGGACUGUGGCAACCUGAAGACGGCGAGGCUGUGGCGGGACGCCGCCCUGCGCGCCAGGAAGCUGCGGAGCAACCUGCGCCAGCUCACCCUCACCGUGGCCGGGGGCUGCCCGGGAGCCGGAGCCGCAGCCGAUCAGCUCGACUCGCCCGACGCUCCCCAGCUCGUACUGCCGGCCAACAUCGGGGACAUUGAGGUGCUGAACCUGGGGAACAACGGGCUGGAGGAGGUGCCUGACGGGUUGGGGUUGGCUCUGGGUAGCUUGCGCGUUCUGGUCCUGCGCCGAAACCGCUUCGUCCGGCUGCCCCCGGCGGUGGCCGAGCUGGGCCACCACCUCACCGAGCUGGACGUGAGCCACAACCGGCUGACCACGCUGGGCGCCGAGGUGGUGAGCGCCCUGAGGGAGCUGCGCAAGCUCAACCUGAGCCACAAUCAGCUGCCCGCCCUGCCUGCCCCGCUGGGCGCCCUCGUCCACCUGGAGGAGCUAGAUGUCAGCUUCAACCGGCUGGCGCACCUGCCGGACUCCUUCUCCUGCCUCUACCGCCUGCGCACCCUCGACGUGGACCACAAUCAGCUCACUGCCUUCCCCCCGCAGCUGCUGCAGCUGGCCGCCCUGGAGGAGCUGGACGUGUCCAGCAACCGACUGCGAGGCCUACCUGAGGAUAUCAGUAACCUGCAUGGCCUCAAGAUCCUCUGGCUGAGUGGAGCCGAGCUUGGCACCUUGCCCAACGGCUUUUGCGAGCUGGCCAGUUUGGAAAGCCUCAUGUUAGACAACAACGGGCUGCAGGCUCUGCCAGCCCAGUUCAGCCGCCUGCAAAGACUCAAAAUGCUCAACCUCUCGUCCAACCUCUUUGAAGAGUUCCCUGCCGCGCUGCUGCCCCUGGCUGGUCUGGAGGAGCUCUACCUUAGUCGCAACCAGCUCACCUCAGUGCCAUCCCUUAUCUCCGGGCUGAGCCGGCUUCUCACCUUGUGGCUGGAUAAUAACCGCAUCCGUUACCUGCCGGACUCCAUUGUGGAGCUGACCGGCUUGGAGGAGCUGGUGUUACAAGGGAACCAGAUCGCUGUGCUGCCUGAUAACUUUGGCCAGCUCUCCCGAGUGGGCUUGUGGAAGAUUAAGGACAAUCCACUGAUCCAGCCCCCCUACGAGGUCUGCAUGAAGGGGAUCCCCUACAUUGCAGCCUACCAGAAGGAGCUGGCUCAUUCCCAGCCAGCCGUGCAGCCUCGCCUCAAGCUGCUCCUGAUGGGCCAGAAGGCCGCAGGAAAGACCUUGCUCCGACACUGUCUCACAGAGGAGAGAAUGGAGGGCAGCCAAGGAGGAGGGGACAAGGAGAGGAGCUACCCACCUUCUCCUCCCCCUGGGAACAAGGGCAUCGAGGUGACCAGCUGGACAGCAGAUGCCUCCCGGGGCCUGCGGUUCAUCGUGUAUGACCUAGCUGGGGAUGAAAGCUAUGAGGUGAUCCAGCCCUUCUUCCUUUCCCCAGGGGCCCUGAAUGUGCUGGUGGUCAAUUUGGCCACGUACGAGCCACGCUGCUUUCCCACCACGGUGGGCUCCUUCUUGCAUCGGGUAGGGGCCAGGGUGCCUCAUGCGGUGGUGUGCAUAGUGGGCACACACGCUGACCUGUGCGGAGAGCGGGAGCUGGAGGAGAAGUGCUUGGAUAUUCACCGUCAGAUUGCCCUGCAGGAGAAGCAUAAUGCCGAAGGCCUCAGUCGGCUGGCCCAAGUGGUGGAUGAGGCCCUGGCGCGGGACUUCGAGCUGCGCUCUGCCAGCCCCCAUGCUGCCUAUUACGGGGUUUCGGACAAGAACCUGAGGCGGCGUAAGGCUCACUUCCAAUACUUGCUCAACCACCGGCUGCAGAUCCUCUCUCCAGUGUUGCCUGUGAGCUGUAGGGAUCCCCGCCAAUUGCAACGUCUUCGGGACAAGCUGCUGUCCGUGGCUGAGCACCGAGAAAUCUUCCCGAACUUACAUAGGGUCCUGCCUCGAUCCUGGCAGGUGCUGGAAGAGUUGCAUUUCCAGCCCCCUCAGGCACAGCGCCUGUGGCUGAGCUGGUGGGACUCAGCGCGCCUGGGACUGCAGGCAGGGCUGACCGAGGACCGACUGCAGAGUGCCCUUUCCUACCUGCAUGAGAGCGGCAAGCUGCUCUACUUUGAAGAUAGCCCUGCCCUCAAAGAGCACGUCUUCCACAACCUCACCCGCCUCAUCGACAUCCUCAAUGUCUUCUUUCAGAGGGAUGCUUCCUUGUUGCUGCAUAAACUGCUCCUGGGGACCAGUGGAGAAGGUGAAGGUGAUGGAGAAAGCUCCCCUGUGAUGACUCUACCCACUGUGAGCCAGGAUCUGCUGCGGGCCACUCAACUCCAUCAUUAUGUGGAAGGCUUUCUGUUGCAUGGGCUCCUACCAGCCCAUGUCAUUCGAUUGCUGCUUAAGCCUCAUGUCCAGGCCCAACAGGACUUGCAGCUGCUACUGGGUCUGCUGGAGAAGAUGGGACUCUGUUAUUGCCUCAACAAGCCGAAGGGCAAGCCUUUGAAUGGAUCCACAGCUUGGUACAAGUUCCCGUGCUAUGUGCAGAAUGAAGUACCUCAUGCAGAGGCCUGGAUUAAUGGGACCAACCUAGCUGGGCAGUCUUUUGUGGCUGAGCAAUUGCAGAUUGAAUAUAGUUUUCCCUUUACCUUUCCACCUGGGUUGUUUGCACGCUACAGUGUCCAGAUCAACAGCCAUGUGGUACACAGAUCCGAUGGGAAGUUUCAGAUCUUUGCAUACAGAGGGAAAGUUCCGGUGGUGGUGAGUUACAGACCUGCCAAGGGGGUCCUGCAACCAGACACCCUCUCCAUUGCCAGCCAUGCAUCAUUACCAAAUAUAUGGACCGCCUGGCAAGCCAUCACCCCUUUGGUAGAGGAACUGAAUGUUCUACUUCAGGAAUGGCCUGGACUGCACUACACCGUGCACAUUCUCUGUUCUAAGUGCCUUAAGAGAGGGUCGCCCAAUCCACAUGCUUUCCCAGGGGAGCUGCUGAGUCAGCCCAGGCCGGAAGGAGUGGCAGAGAUCAUCUGCCCCAAGAAUGGCAGCGAGAGAGUGAAUGUGGCCCUGGUUUACCCACCUACGCCGACUGUGAUCAGCCCCUGUUCCAAGAAGAACGUUGGUGAAAAGCACAGAAACCAGUGACUUUCGUGGCUGUGGAAUUUCCAUGGAGAAAAUAGAGAGUGGAACUCACAUGGAUCAUCUUCUGUACCUGCGAGCCCUCCCCUCUCCCAGGCACUUUCUGUGACCAGGAGUGAUGCUGUGUUCCAGGUGCUUUCAGAGGGUCAUUGGAGAGGUGCGGAGGGGCGGGGAAGGACGGGCAAGAACAUGGAGCAUAUGUUUCACAACCUGAACCUCAGAACUGUGAUCCUCCAAGUAGAAUGCUACUUGAAGAAAAGAAAAAAAAAAUGUCUAAUGGCUUCUCAGGGAUUUUGUUUUCUGUGCACAUUUAAGCCAUAGUGACAGUACAGGUGGCAGUAUUUUGAGCACUCGGGUUUCAGUUCUGUUCAAUGUGAAAAGAUGGAUCGAUCGACUGACGUUCAUUGCUGUUCCGUCACUAGUGUAAGAUAUGUAUAUGUUUAUCUUUAUUUUUAUAAUAUGCAAAUACAUUUAAAUUUAUACAGUUCGAAGCUUCUAGCAUUAGUUGACACUGGGUGCAAUAUUUUGCAUGAGAACUGUGCCAAGAUGAGGCUGAUUUCUUAUUUUAGUAUAGGACAUUUUUUUGUUCUUUAUUCUUUACUCCACCUUCUCAGAUUAAAAUGGAGAGGUUAAAAAAAAAAGAUAUAGAUUAGCUCUUGGGUUUUGCAUUGAUUCAAAGAAAUUGCCAGUAAUUAGCAAGAUCUUGCAACAAGCAUUUCAUAAAUGCCUGGCAGUUACCUUGCAUGGUGGGGCGAUUAUGUCUCCUCACUUCCCACAUAGCACUGGGGCAGCCUCUUGCAGGGGGCCUAAGGAGACAAAUAAUCCAUGGAAAACUUGAGUCUUUCAAUAGCUCAAGAUGAUCAGGAGUCAAUUCUAAUCAUGUGAAGAGUUCUGCUAUUAAGUACCCUUUUUUUUUCUACAACAGGGUUCAAUAAUUAGCAGUAUGCUUUGCCAGUCCCUCAAUAUCCCUGAGAACAUCCUCCUCAAUGGAGAACACAGUCCCAAUUAUUUAUUCAUACAGAGCCUCUUGUUGGACAUCUACUGCCAAGAAGUAGUAAAAGCCUUGUUUUGGAAUCUACAGGAGGUAAAACUUUAGCCAACCCAACAAAUUACUCUGUCUCCUAAUUGGGGCCAAACAGCAUAUGCUGCUGCAGUAGGAACACAUUCUUUAAGGAAUGUAAAGGACUCUGUUUACAUCUGCCUCCUCCAUGUGUGGAUAGAAAAUGUGUAAAACUGUUUUUCACUAGUGUCAGACAAGAAAGUGAGUCAGCUGGUAUUACUCGUUCACUUCCUUUACAAAGUAUUGACUGUUGGAAUGCCAUAGAGCACAAAGUCUCCACAUAUUUAAAACUUAAGAGUGAACACACAACUACAUUUAAGAAUUUGCAAAUCAAUUUGUGUAGGGACAGACAGUUAAUUUCCUUGACUUUAGAACCUGAUUAUAAAGUCAAGUAGCCUACUUAUAGAUUUAAAAAAAAUUGACUAUGACACUUCAUGUGUAAAAUUUCAUUUUCCUUUAGAACAUAGUCACAAGAUGAAUUUAGUUAACCCUUUUGUCACAGUUCUCGUGUGUGUGUUUGUGUGUGUGUGUGUGUGUGUGUGUGGGUACUGAAUGGUAACAUUUAAUUGCUUUAUGGACCAUUGGCAGUUAGAAUUUUUUAAUUGGCACCAGACAGUUCUUCAGCUGUUAAAUCAAUCAACUUUGUCCAGUCUUUGCAAAAGACUUCCAAACAUAUGACUUUGGGCUCACUCCCCAGAAAUUCUAUCAAGUAAAAGUAAUGUCACUGGGGCUGUACCCUUGCAAAAUAUUUGCUAUCUUAAUGAACCCAUAUGCCCAUGUUCUUAAAAUCUACUACUUUUUUUUGACAAGUGACGUUUUGUGCUAUUAUCCGAACCCUAGAGAAGCAGUGUAUGAGGAAGCCUAGUGUGUUGUGACCAAAGGGUUGUCAUGGUAGAGGGUCAUAUGACCACAAGAAGUUCCAGAAAAGCAUGAGAACUUGCUUCAGCAUGGGGUGGGGAGAGGUUGAAGAUACAGAAAACACUGCUCUACAGGAAUUUUUGCCAUCUAUAUAGGAAAUUCCAUUUUCUCUCUCAACACCUGGAAAGACUCAGCCACCAGCCAAAGCUGACAGACCAUUCACUAAGCACAAGAGGAAUUUGUUCCACCCAGUGAGUCCCUUGCCUCUCAAACAAAUGCCCUCCAAGUUUGUUAUGGUUUCUAUUCCUGCAAAACCACUUCCUGGAAUUGUAAAAGUGCUGCCAGAAUAAAUGUUUUCCCCCUUCUAAGAAAAAACAACUCUGCUCCUAUUGACAUUUGUGUAUUGGACUCUUCUGUCUGAAUAAAGAGGAAAAGAUUUGCUGUGAUUCCGGAUGAAAUGUGUUCUUCAUGCCACAGUCUGUGAAUUGUAAUUGCGAUUUCUCACUGCAUUGUCUUAAUAGGGCAGAAAUUUUAAAAGAUGUCAAUAAAAGUAAAAAGAAAUGGUUUA